CGAGCACCAUUGUCCAUUCAGCAAUCCCGGUGUGCAGAUAUCCCCUCAGUGGAGGAGUGAACAACCGCCAAGAUGGUUAAAGAAGAGAUCUCCGAGUUCGAAAAGCAGCGGCUAGCUAACAUUGCUGAACGCGAUGCGCUCCUCAAAAAGCUCACCAUGGAGGCCCAGUCCUCCGGGCUAUUCCCGCCCAAGAUGCCCAAGCCGGCCGCGAAGGAUCAGUCUCGGUCGAAGAAGAAGGCACCCGUGAAGAGGGUCAAGGAGGAAACUCCGCAGCCGCGCCGCAUGUCCUCCCGGCUGAGGGGUAUCGCGGCGGAGAGUGAGGUCGCGAAGCGCAAGGCAGAGGAGGAGAACGAGGCGCUGCAGGCGGCGGAGCGCGCAAAGCGCGUUCGCAAGUCGGAUAACUUCUCCUUCAAUGAGAUGGUGGUGUAUGGCCAGAAAUUAUCCGGGGAUAGUCUGAUUGGGGUGGAUGUGGUUACGAAGGGCGUCGCAAUCCCUUACCAGCGGACAUUUGGCGACGACGAUGUCCAAAAGACGACGGACAAGGAUCUAAAGGCGCUGAGGAAGGAAAUGAACGGAUUGAAGCUCUGGGAAGCAUGGGAACCUAAUCGAAUCAAACUCACCCCCGAACGAAUCUACUCCAUGACCUUCCACCCCACCGAAUCCAAGCCUCUCAUCUUCGCCGGCGACAAACUAGGCCACCUAGGUAUCCUCGACGCCUCACAAGAGAAGCCCACCUCAAUCAAACACGAAGCCAACGACGACGACGAAGACGAAGAAGACGACGACCCCGACCCGGUCCUCACGACCGUAAAACCACACACGCGCACCAUCAGCGCCAUGCACAUCCACCCCUCCAAACCCACCACCCUCUACACAGCCAGCUACGACAGUUCCAUCCGCGCCAUGGACCUCGAGAAAUCCACCAGCACAGAACAAUACGCCCCGGAAUCCACCUCCUCCGACGAACCCAUCUCCGGAAUCGACAUGGCCCUCUCCGACCCCAACGUCCUGUACUGGACAACCCUAGACGGCGAAUUCGGCCGUCACGACAUCCGCACCAAAUCCAAACCCACCGUCUCAACCUGGCAACUCUCCGAGAAGAAAAUCGGCGGCUUCUCCCUCUACCCAACCCAACCCCAUUACUUCGCAACCGCCAGUCUCGACCGCUCCAUGCGUCUCUGGGACUUGCGCAUGCUCCAGAAGAACAAAUCUCAGGACCCUGUCCCAGUCGGCGAACAUUACAGCCGACUUUCUGUCUCGCAUGCUGCCUUCAACAGCGCCGGACAAAUCGCGACGUCAUCCUACGACGAUACGCUUAAGAUCUACGAUCUGAAAGCAAAGGGCAUCUCAUCCUGGGAGAACGGGCAUACGAUUCCCGAGGACGAGCUAGGUCCUGAUACGAUCGUCCGACAUAAUUGUCAGACGGGGAGAUGGGUUACUAUUCUCCGCCCCCAAUGGCAACAAAACCCCCAAUCGCACAUCCAGCGGUUCUGCAUCGGAAACAUGAACCGGUUUGUGGAUAUCUACAGCGGCGCAGGAGAUCAGCUGGCGCAGUUGGGUGGAGACGGGAUCACGGCAGUGCCGGCGGUGGCUGUUUUCCAUCGCAGUAAGAAUUGGGUGGCGGGGGGUACGGCGAGUGGGAAGAUUUGUUUGUGGAUGUGAUGUAUUUUAUAGGAUUUGUAUUUAUGCUUGGCGGGGGUGUAUACUUAUAGGUUCGUAGCGUAUAGUAUGUAUGGGAUGUAUGAUGAAAUGUUGGUAGCAGUACUGAGUAGUAAUGG